GUCACGCUGCCGUGGGAGGUAAUCAAUCAAUCAACCUCAUUAGCCUCCAGUCCAGGAGCAAUUCGUGACCCCUUGGUGGCUUAAUUGACUAUUAGUACUCAUUUAUUGGUUUUUGACGCUAAUAUGGAUGAGGACUGCGAUUUAGCUGAAGAUUUUGACUGUCCAAGCCUUCUGUGUGAGGAACUGGAGGAUCUGGAAACAAAGAAUGAUCCAGGGAGGAUGAGGAAGAGAGAAGGAGAGGAGGAAGUGAUUAAUCAGAGGGAGGAUGAAGAAGCAGGAGAGGAGACAGAGCGAGAAGAGAAGGAGGGGGAAGAGGAGAAAGAAAAGAAAGUGUCCGAAAGGGAAGUGAUGGUGAGAGAGGGAGAAGAGGAGCAGGUGAAGCCAGAGAGUAGGCUUGAAGUGGAGGAGGCACAGGAGGUGCAGAUGGAAAACAACGAGAUUGAGAACAACAAGGAAACAAUAUCUGAUAAGCAACAGAGUAAUGAAACAAAGAGUUUAGAAGAGAAAGAUGAGCAGAAAAAGACUAGGAAGAGGCGAGGUAAGAAGCAAAGCGAACGAGUGAGAAACAGGAGAGGACUAAAAGAUGUUAUUGAGAGGUUUGAGGAGGAAAAGAAGAGUCAGACACAGGAGGUGUCAGCAGUGAGCUCAGAGGAGAGCUCGGCUCUGUCGGAGCCUCCCUUUGGACUGAUGAACAGCUGUGACUUGACCGACCCAGUCUACCUGGGUUGUGGGGGGACAGGACUGUAUUGUCCCCCAGUUCCCAUUCCCCUGCUGUACUCUUCCCAACCUCCAGUUCCGAUUCAACCUGCACCACCACAGCCCCACGGUACAAAAAGGCCUCACAGCCCCCUUUUGCCUCACAGUCUCCCCCAGCAGGGCCCACAGCCUCUAGAGAUGGAGAUAACCCAGGUCUACUCCACCCGACGCUCCUUCCGCUACAGCACCAGGGGCCGAGGCCGGACCCUCAACUUCCCUCUGCUGCCAGGGUUAGAGGCUGUAGACAGCUGCCUGCUGCCGCCUGCACCGAAGAAGAAAACACGAACACUCUACAGUACUGAUCAGUUAGAGCAUUUAGAGGCCCUUUUCCAGGAGGACCACUAUCCUGAUGCAGAGAAGAGGAAAGUCAUUGCAGCUUCAGUUGGUGUCACACCUCAGAGGAUUAUGGUCUGGUUUCAGAACCGCAGAGCUAAGUGGAGAAAAGUUGAGCGGUCCAUCACAGCAAACGUUGAACACAGACAGAAUAGAGCUGGGUGCAGCAGCAGCCCCACACAUCACCAAUUCAAUCCCACCCUGCCCACGCGGGCACCUAAUAGUAAAGGAGCUCCCUCUUUUCCUGGUCACUUUGCCCCCAAACUGCCCCAGCUUGCCCCAGCAGCACCUUCUUUCCCCACCCUGUCUAACCAGACCCCACCCUCCUACAAAAACCUGCUGGCCAGCCUCAACAGCCCAGGUCAAUCCAGAGUGAGGGAUGGGGGCCAGCACCAGCUUUCAUCUCAGGGAGGGUUGACGGAGUACCACCCCCGUCCCAUGCACAGCCCUCCCCCCCUGCGGCGAGCCAGUCUGCCCCUUUUCACAACGACAUACAACCCCUCCAACCCCACUCCACCUCUCCUUAACACCCCAGCUCACACCCCACCUCUGUUUCUGGAUGCUCUGGAGGGUGGCUCCACCUUGGCCCUUCGGGACACUCAGUCCCUGCAGACUGACACCAGUUCUCUCUUUGACUUUGGGGAGAAGCUCGACUACUUGACAUCCAGCCAGCAGAACAACAGUGUCUCCUACCAGCUUCAGACCUCCUACCCCACCAGCCAGCCCCAGCACCAACCUCAAGCAUCUCUACCCCGCAUGGCUUAUCUUACCCCCUCCCCUUACCUCACCCCCAACCCUCCAGAUUCCAACCCUACCUCCUACCUGACCUUUGGCCCUGGAGGAAACUCCACUGGGGUGGUGACCUACUCCACUGGAGGCCACGCCUACUUCCAGUCCCAGAGUGCUGGACAAAUCUUGCUGCAGUCUACUGGUCAUCACGGUGGGAUCACAGCGUACCAGUCGUACCCGUGGGGUAACAUGUACAGCCAGCCAAACAUGCACCAGCGUACUCAGUGCCCUCCAACUUACCCUGCUAGCUUGGGGGCUGCUCAAGACCACCAGCCAUCCUCCUCCACCACCCUGCCUCCCCUCUCAUUCUACCCUCGGGGGGAUCUCGGGCUCUCACAUGCUAACCCCCAACGCUCAUCACACACCCAGACACACACCACCACCAGCAGCACCACCACCAUCCUCCCACCAGUGUCCACCCUGCGGCACUCACACCUCAGAGUGGAGAGCACUCCAACCAAGGUUGCAUCCUUGUUGCCUUCUCAGGUCAGCCCUGCCUCUACAGAAAGCCCUCCAGUCCCCCCUUGUGUAAAGAUUGAGUAUGACAGCCCCCGAGAGAUUCACAGCCACUUUCAUUGUGACUUCUCCCCCAUACAUUUUUGACUACAUGUUUGUGUGUGUCUGAGAGUAUGUGUGUUUAAAGUAUCUGUGUAAAUAUCUCUUGUGUAUUUGGGAAUAUUUGUGUAAUUUCUAUAAUCUCUAUUUGUAUAACUAUUAGGAUGUUCUCAGUAUUAAUAUUAAUCACAGCAGGCUAGGUUGGGCUGCAUUUAGCUGGGCUUUAAUAAAUGCUCAUUCUGUUAAUCUUUUAUUUCUGCAUUUGCUUUGCCAUUAUGUCAAUUAGGGACUACCAACCCUUUUUUUGCUCUGUGGACUGUUUCGAUUUCGUUUUGGUUGUGGACCAGAAGGAGGGUGGUGGUGGUGGGGUAAUGUAAUUGUUCUCCAUACCCCAUCAGAUAAUGCAUGCACAUUCACAAAUCAUGAACGUUUGGAUUGAGGCAUGAUCACCUCCCAACACACAAAUAAACAUUGAGACCAAGUUAGACAGUGAGAGCAGGAUAAAGAGUUCACACUUUAUUUUAAGCCCCCCUAUUUAACAUUUAUAAGCAGUAUAUAAACAUUUAAUAAAUGGUUUAAAACACUAUAAUGUUGUGAGCAGAUAUAAGUUUUUAUGUGCUGUAUUUGUCAACAAUUAUAACUUCCUGUGGGCAUCAAUGAGUGGAGGCUGGCAUAUAAAAAGGUCAUGAAUGACACUGCAAAACACAGUUACAAUAAUAAAAAAUGUCUUAAUUGAAGUUAUAAUUGUUGACAAAUAUUGUACAUUACAAAGGGGGAUUAAAGUAAAGUGUUACCCAGAAACUUAACUGUUCAUAUUUCAAUAUGGUUACUGACAAAUAAAAAAAAUAAAAAAAUACGGAUCCACUUCUCAAGAUCAGUCAGGUCAGGUUUCACAUCCUGCUGAAUGAUGCAAAGGUGGUGAUGACGGACUGGUUACCAUGUUUGCUUAUGAUCUGCUGUAAUUAAAAAUCAGUAUAUUGUUUUCACUGUACUGUUAGUCAUGACGGGGUGAUGAGGAAAAAUCCAAUUCAGAUAGAUUUAUAGAUACUUUGUAAAUCUCAGGGGAAAUUCUAGUAUAAACUAUAUAUGACUCAUUUCAGAUGUGCCUCUAGGCCACACGAGGGCACUGUUCAUUUGUGGGAGACGACCGCAUCCUGGGAUGUGGUCAUACCAGGAUAACCACAUACUGGGAUGCAUCUAAUGGUGAAUUGUUUCUCAGACAUCCCUCUGUGGUGGUGGUGAUGCUGGUGGUGGUAGAGGGUAUGUGACAGCCACUAACCCAUUGGAGGAUAAUAAGGACAGUCAUUUCUGGGGAAGAGGUAUCCCAAAUCAUCACUGACUGAGCCCAUAUCCUUAAUCUGUGUUGCCAUCUGCUGUGCUCACAUAUUUACUGCACUUUCUUCUCAGUUUAUUCUUAGUAUGUUUGUUAGUUGCAGGGGUUAGUGGAAACCAAAUCCCUAUUCAAAACUCCGCCUCUGAAAGAGCUGAAGGCAUUUUCCUGAGACUAGAAAAGACAUUCGGGACCAGUCUGUCAUUUUUGCUCUCCGAAGUUAAAGUAUAACAAAAAGUUUCUUGCUAAAACUCUAGUUAAUAUUCCUGGUUUGUAGUCCUGCUGUAUAUAAAAGUAAAGUUUGAAGUGAAGCUUGGAUGAUGUGAAAGUAAGAGAAGGAGGUGUCUGAUGAGAAUGAGGAGGAGGUAGCAGCGACCAGGGGAGCAAAAAAAGGAGGAGGGGGAUGGAGGAGUGAGGGAGUGUGUUGGUCUGGGAACAAGGGAGGAGGGCUGAGA